GGAAGUGCUAAACAGACCAGCCGCCAUCAUCGCAGCAAUUGUCACGCAAAACUCUCCUGGUAGCGCAUCAUCAUUAUGCUGGGCUCUAUCGUCGGAUCCGCCAUGCUCCUGGUCGCUACUGCGAUCUUUCUCUACUACACCACCUGGACUCUGUUGAUGCCCUUCGUCGACCCGGGUCACCCUCUCCACGAUCUCUUCCCUCCCCGUGUCUGGGCCAUCCGUAUCCCCGUUUUCCUUACUCUGCUCGGUUCCGCCGUGGUUGGCACGUUCAUAGGAAUUGUGAUGAUCAACAGCAACAAGAAGAAGGCAGCUAAGGCUAAGGCCGCGGCCAAGAAGAAGACCUAAGCUCCCAAAGAAAAAGAAAACCGACGUGGCGUUUGGAGGAUGAGUUGGGUGGUAAACAUGGCGACUCGAAACAGGUGGCAUCAUCUUAUUCUGCAUGUAACAUUACUUUUGUCUGUCCUUGUUCUUUUCAAGCUUUCCCCUUGAUUGGGUUGUUCUGUCAUCACAGCGUUCAAUUACACCAUCCGCAUUCCUCGCAUUCUGCAAGCGUGCCGCGUGGUGAGGUAGGAAGGGGGAGGCGACGGCGAAUGACGAGUGUAGGCCCAGAUGCUGCCCGGUCACUGGGUGAAGCGUUCCUGGUUUCUCUUGUGCCUUACCCUGGGCAACAAGAUACAUGCUUAGC